AUGAAUUCGCUCGAAUACCUCAUCGCGAACACACAUACGCUGUCAGAUGCGUCUAUCAUGGAUGCAUUAGCAGCAUUGACAAGCUCUCCAAAUUUGGGGAAUCACGAGGAAGAAUAUGAUAUGGAAGUGAACAGUGAUGACGAAAUGAAGAUUGAUCUGUCGGCUCUCAUAAACCCAAGUGUUUUCAAUGCACUGCAGCUACCAAUCGGAACUGGCAGGUUUCCGAAUCCAUCACCCCCUCGGCCUAAUAGUGGCACAAAUACACCAAUCAGGAAAACACCCGGAAGUCGGCCAGAUCGCGGAAAGUUUACAAUUUUGGAUGGAACUGAGGUGGCAGGACCAGAAGAAGUUCUCAAUGUUGAUUUCAACAGUGACAUCUUACAAAAGAUUUUUUGUGAUCCAAAACUGGGAAUCCAGUUUCUUGCUCGAUAUGGUCUAAUUCCAAAUACAAGAGUCUGUCGAGUACAAGAUUGCCCAAAAGAUCAACUCAUGAGUCUGAUUAAACAUGCAAAUGGUUUUGUGUGGAGAUGUCGAUCUUGCCGGAAGCGAAGAGAGAAAAGAAUAAUUACUAAAAUCUCAGUCUAUGAAGGAACGUUUCUAUUCUACUCCCGCAUGCCGCUCAACAAGUUCUUCAUUUUUAUGCUCAUCUGGUGCGAAAAUCCAGGUCUUUCAAUCACCGAAUAUAACAGAUUGAUGGGAGAGAAUCGACUUGUUGAAGAAACAAUAUACAAUACAAUUGGCUUCAUGAGAGAUAUUAUCCAAAACUGGUGUGAUACCAUUAUCGCUUCGAAUGUUCCAAUCGGAGGACCACAUCGUAUUGUAGAAGUUGUAGAGACCCUUUCUACGGAGCAGCUGAGCAAUAAAACUAGAAACAGAAGAACUCGCCACUACACAACAAGAACUGUUUUCGUCUCAUUGGCUGAUGAUAAAAUUAAGUCCGUAGACUUCCCAUUGCAUAAUGUUCAUGAUUUGGAAAGAGCUCUACUCGAAUGUGUCCAACCUGGGAGCAUAGUUGUAAUGCGAGACUCGUAUAUGGAGAGAUUCGGACAACAAGAAGAGAUUUCGAAUGCCCUGUUCAAUCACUACAAGGUGAAGUCUAUCUGUGAUGUUUGGCCUGAUUUCAACGAGCAAGAACGUUCCAAACAGUUCAUCAAGACCGAAAUGAAUCAAGUUCCAAAUGUCAACCAGGAGCCAUAUGCAUAUGAAUAUUUCUUCCGUCGUUGCUUUUCGGACAAAUGCUUCAAUCACUUGCUGAGAGUAAUUCGUCUACUAUAUCAAAAGUGA